CCUCUGCUAGGAGAAUGCAUACACUUCCUCCCUACCAUUUCACCAUACCGUUUGUCUUUUGCAACGUGCUCAUCACUCCCUUUACUGUCAGAUGGAUCACGCUCAGUGGACCAUGGGUGGCUUCCAGCCAGCCCCGCAACACCACCACCAUCAACAGCACCAUGCCCCUCCUCAGCCAAGCAACGCGGCGCCUUACAUGCCAUCGCCUGACCAGGAGAUUGCUCUUGCGCGAUCACAGGUGAGGGGAAUCAGUGACUCUUUUGUGGGCGAGAGGGCCUUCCUUUCGUUGCGGCAUUCAAAAUGAAAGCUGAGAUAACAACUAACCAUCCCUGAGUCCGCCUCUGCCUCGCAGAUGUUUGAGUCGGUCCACCAUCUCUCGACGUCGCUUCGGAAUGCGGCCAACCAAUGCGACAACUUUGUGAAAGUCAUCUCUCGGCACCACCCCAGUGCGGCAGCGACUGCAUUUGCGUCCAACGUCGGCGCCGACUUCCUCGCCCUGGCGAGCGGCAACGGCCUGGGAGGCGGCAGCUCUGGCCUGGGAGGCGCACCCGGUGCCGGUGCGCCACCCACGCACCACCCCGUCACAACGCCCGGCCAGCCCGGUCGCAAGCCCAUGACGAAGGAGGAGAAGAAGGCGCUGCGCAAGGAACGCAAGGCCAACCGUGACCCCAACGCGCCCAAGCGCCCGCCCAGCGCCUACCUGCUCUUCCAAAAUGAGAUCCGCGAAGAGAUGAGGCAACGCUACAAGGACCUCACCUACAGCGAGGUCCUCGGCAAGGUCAGCGAGGCAUGGAAGAGCCUGACGGAGGAGCAGCGCAAGGUCUACCAAGACAAGACUGUCGAGAGCAUGGCUCGGUGGAACCAGGAGAAGAAGAACCACGCAGCCUCGGGUGGCUUUGUCAACCCCGGCGGCGAAUCGGACGACAGCGACUCGGAAGAGUCCGACGACGUGCCGGGCGCCGUGCCUGGACAGCCAUACCUCAACAACGGCAUGAUGGGCCUCGAGAAGCGAAAGGGCAUGCCCAAGGGAACCAAGGAAAAGAAGAGGAAGAUGUGAUUUCCCCUCCUCUCUGCUGGCAACUGCUUCAAUUGAAGUCGGUGUAUUCGAUCUUUGCUCGUUCAAAACCCCCCGUUCGCUGUCGCCUUCAUCCACCGUUUAGUCCUUGGAAUUAACCCCCAGCCGCUUGCCUUGUACGGACCGUUGCUUUUUCCUCUAGUCUGUGUACCAUCAUCCCCCUCGCUCUUCUCUCGUCGUCUCCUCUUCUUCUUUUCCUUACGGCCAAGUGUCCACCCCUCCCUUGUCCAUUGUUCGCUCCCCUUUUUCCUCGAAUAGGAAAUAAUGUUGGCUUCAUGCUGUGUGCUUU